GCGAACAUCUGGCCUGCAAUCUGGCAUCAUACUAAGCUGGCCCUGGACUCUCGACCAAACCCGCAAAGCCAGUCCGCCUCCCAGCACCGCGAUCGUCUCUGCUCAGACAGACUCUGGGAGCUGCGCACCGCUCGACUCAUCAAUGCUGCAUCAGGGCCGCUGACUGGGCAUUCACCACUCUCUUUCUUCUUCCAAUUCGCCGCUGUUUUAAUCGCUCCGUCCUGAUCGUAUUACAUCCGCAACCCCGCCACCAUGGUGCGCCUACGAGAUAUCCCCCGAACGGCCACCUUUGCGUGGUCGCCCGGCGCCGGCAAGCCCAUGGUCGCCACCGGGACCAAGGCUGGAGCGGUCGACGCCGACUUCUCUGACGAGAGCAAGCUGGAACUCUGGGAUCUCGCGCUGGACAACCAGGAGCAGGGCAUCGAACUCCAGCCCGUGGUCAGCAUCACCACAGAGUCAAGAUUCUACGAUAUCGCUUGGGGGCCUCCCGACGCCAACCACCCCAGGGGUAUCAUCGCAGGUGCUCUGGAGAACGGCACUCUCGAACUGUGGGAUGUCGAGAAGCUCGAGGCUGGAGCUUCUGACGCCUCCAUCUCCAAGACGACGAAGCACACCGGUGCUAUCAAGGCACUCCAGUUCAACCCUCUGAAGCCGCAGAUUCUGGCCACUGCCGGUGCCAAGGGCGAGCUGUUCAUCUACGACAUCGGCGACAUCGAAAACCCAUUCCGUCUGGGAAACGCGGCGGCCCGAUCCGACGACAUCGAUUGCUUGGCCUGGAACCGCAAGGUCUCUCACAUCCUCGCUACUGGAGGCCCCGGCGGCUUCGUGACCGUCUGGGAUCUGAAGACGAAGAAGGCGUCCUUGACCCUGAACAACAACCGCAAGCCAGUCAGCGCCAUUGCCUGGGACCCCAACAACUCAACAAAGCUUCUCACGGCAACCCCUGAUGACAACACACCCGUCAUCUUCUUGUGGGACUUGCGCAACUCCAAUGCCCCGGAGAAGACCCUCCAGGGACACGAGCAGGGUGUCUUGUCACUAUCGUGGUGCCAGCAGGAUCCUGACCUGUUGCUCUCAUCCGGCAAGGACAACAAGACGAUUGUUUGGAACCCGCAUACCGGAGAGCGUUACGGAGAGUUGCCCGAGGUCACCAACUGGACGUUCCAGACACGCUUCCACCCUCACAACCCUAACCUUUCCGCCACCGCAAGCUUCGACGGCAAGAUCACGAUCCAAACGCUUCAGAACACCAACCCUGAUAAGUCGCAAGCUGUCAACGAGAAGCCCCUGGAUGACGAAGAAUUCUUCAGGGCUGCACAGACCCAGCCUCAGGGAGCUUCAUGGUCUUUGACCAAGGCACCCAAGUGGUUUGAGCGACCUAUUGGUGCUUCCUUUGGCUUUGGCGGUAAACUUGUCAUUUUCAGGGAGGUACCAGCUCAGGCCGGGCAGAAGCGGUCAUCUAAGCUAUCCAUCUCGCAAUUUUCCGCCGACUCAGAUGUCGCAUCCGCCAUUGAAAGGUUUCAAGAGGCUCUUAAAUCCGAGGAUGUGAUUACGCUUUGUGAAGAGAGGAAGGCUCAGGCCCAGACGGAGGAAGAGAAGGCAGACUGGACAGUUAUCGAGACAUUGGCCGGCGAGAACUCUCGUUCAAAGAUUGUUGAGCAUCUCGGCUUCAAAGAGGAAGAUCUCACAAACGGGUCUUCUGCUGAUGCGCCCGAAGGAGAGGAAAAGGAGACGCCUAAAAAGGAGGAGGAAGCCACUGACGCAGAGGCCAAGCCCAGACGCCUGUCCAACUUCUUUGGUGGAGACGGCGAGGCUGAGGGAGACGAUGACUUCCUCUCUGGCCUGGCUGCCAACAAAGGGGCCAAGACUGAGAAGCCUUUUCAUCUUUUCAGUGACGGCGAUACAUCCGUUGAGAAAGACAUUACAAGAGCUCUCAUGCUGGGCAACUUUGCCAAGGCUACGGAUAUCUGCUUGAAGGAGGAUCGCAUCGCAGAUGCCUUCCUCAUUGCCAACUGUGGCGGCCAAGAACUUGUCGAAAAGGUACAAUCUGCUUAUCUCGCGCGCAAGGACGGCGUUCCUAGCUACCUGCGACUCAUCAGCUCCGUUGUUGAUAAGAACCUGUGGGAUAUUGUAUACAAUGCGGACCUUGAGAACUGGAAGGAGACAAUGGCCAUUAUCUGCACCUUCUCAGACCCUACCGAGUUCCCAGACCUCUGCGAGGCACUGGGCGACCGGAUCAACGAGCAGGGUCAGCGAAAGGACGCCUCUUUCUGCUACCUCGUGGGCUCGAAGCUCGAAAAGGUUGUCGCCAUUUGGGUGGAUGAGCUUAAGGAGUCGGAGCAAGCCGGAAUGCAGCAGGAGUCUGGUGAUUCUACCUUUUCGGUACACACUCGAUCGCUCCAGAGCUUCAUUGAGAAGGUGACUGUAUUCCGCCACGUCGCCAAGUUCCAGGACAAGGAACUGUCAAAGACGGACGACUGGAAGCUGGCAACCCUCUACGACAAGUAUACCGAGUAUGCCGAGAUUCUCGCUGGCCAGGGCAAGCUGGAAGUUGCUCAGAAAUAUCUCGAUCUGCUGCCGGCCAGUUACCCAGCUGCCGAGCUGACAAGGAGUCGGGUGAAGCUCGCAACGCAGAAGAAGCCUGCUGCCGCGCCGGUCACGGCGUCUCGCCGAACGCCAUCAACCACUUCAGCCGGAAGGCAGCCCCCUGCGGUGGGCUACCAACCUCCCCAGCCUGCCACCAUCCCGGCUCCCACGAACCCAUAUGUCGGGCUGCAGCAAACUUCACCAGCAGUCUCAACCUCUCAGCAGUACAACCCCCCAGUCAACCCCUACCAGCCCCAAGGCUACCAACCCCAGGGCUAUCAACCACAGGGCUACCAGCCUCCUAGCCAGUUUGGAUACGCUGGUACGCCCAUCGCGCCCCCUCCCAUCAGUGGACCCCCGAGGAAUACGACACCAUCUUCGGGUCCCCCGCCUGCAGCAAAGGCCAAGAAUACGGAGAACUGGAAUGACGUCCCUAUGGUGACGAAGGCCGUGCCACGGAGAUCGACGCCCAGCGUACCGCCUAUUGCGUCCCCCUUCGGAGCCCAACAGGGCCAAGGCGCUCAUCCCCCUCCUCCGUCAUCAACGUCUCCUUAUGCGCCUGGUGCUAGGGCUAGUCCUCCUCCGCCUCCCAAGGGACCGGCUCCUCCACGAGUCCAGUCCCCAUUAGCCGGACCGCCGGUGACCGGGCCACCUCGAACCUCAUCUGCGGCCGCUAACCAAUAUGCUCCCCCGGCUCCCAUAACCGGAGCAAUUCCGACCCACCCGGCCCCUCCAGCUAUGCCUCGCACAGCUUCGCCCUAUAACGCUCCUCCUGCCGGGCCUCCUCCUUCGAACCGAUAUGCUCCGGUGACGGCAACUCAACAGCAGCCCGGACAGUAUGCCGGCGCCACGAUGCCACCACCUCCGGGCCCGGCCAGCAGACCGCCACCGCCUGCGAACCCAUAUGCGCCACCAGUUCAGCAGCAACCCGCAGCACCCACUCCCGGACAGGUCCCGGCCUCUCAGCCGCCGCCUACGGGCCCCCCUCCGAUGGGUCGGCCCCCUUCGACCACGUCUGCUCCACCGCCCCCUAAGCAGACCGCACCACCCCCAGCAGCAGCCAAGUACCCCCCUGGCGAUCGGUCACAUAUCCCACCUCAUGCUCAACAGCUGGUGGAUAUCCUCAGCGCUGAUAUGCAGCGAGUAGCCUCCAAGGCGCCUCCCACAUUUGCUCCUCAAGUCAAGGACACCCAGAAGCGUCUGAACAUUCUGUUCGACCACUUGAACAAUGAGGAGCUUGUACAGGCAUCGACUAUUGAGCAGCUGACACAGCUCGCUGUUGCAAUGCAAGCCAAGGACUACGCUACGGCUCAAAGGCUGCAGAUGGAAAUCAACCGAGACAAGACUGAGGAGUGCGGUAACUGGAUGGUCGGAGUUAAGCGACUCAUCAGCAUGAGCAAGGCGACGCCUUGAUGAGUGGAUAAUGGUGUCUAUACUGGAGACUCGUGGUGUUUAUUUGACGAGCUUUAUUGGCGGUACGAAAUCGAUGGAUUAUGCAAGGCAUUGGUUGCAACCGCAGGCGGCUCGAUUAGUUAGAAUACAUAUAUAUACAUGAUGUUUGGCGAUAUAGUGGU